AUAUCAGAAGAAUUAUCUAAGCUUCAUGAAGAGAUAUUUUGGCUAAAAAAUAGAAUUAGUGAUCUUAUUAUGGCCUUAUCGAGUAAUAUACCUGAUCCUAGAGAGGUCCUUUCAAUACCAUUAACAAAAGAUUCUUCAUUGUCUUCAUUGUCAUUAUCAUCAUUGGAUCAUAAUCAACCUUUAUUGAAUAAUAUAACUUCUAGCUCAUCAGAAAAGCCUCAAUCACUUUCUGGUGGCUUCUCUAGUGAGAGAGUUUCUAUUGGAACAUUACAAGAAGAAUUUGACUGA